UAUGAUUAACCCAAUUUAAGAAGUUUGCAGCCUACUUAAUAACUUACUAAACUGCCCAAUCUCAGAUGGGCUUCUAACAUUUCCUUUUUGGGGGUAAGAUGUAGGAUGAUUUUGUUGGACAAUGUAGCCUCAUCCUGCCUCAAAGGCUUUACACAGCCUUCAUCACCAAUAUUCCAACUUCCAACCACCCAAGUCCUGAAUUCAGUUCUUCAUCCACUCACCCUUCCCUUUCAUGAAGAGCCACCACUUCCUCUUCAACCCCCAAAUUUCUAACUCCAUCCAUUUUUUAUUUAUUUUUAUGGAAUCUCUUAUCACAUUACAUCUAAUUAUAAUUUUGGAAUGAAUAAAUAAGGAAUGAUGUGGGUACAUGAUAUCACCGGAAUAAACCUUGGGUAGGGUUGGAUAUGCUCCCACCCACGUGUACACCAUUUACACGCCUAUAGCUACAUCCCAUCUCCUUGCUUCUUCUUUUUAAAUUUAAACUUGUACUCCUCCAAUCAUCCAACUUCCAAAGCAUUUCACUCCUUUGCACUGCGACACACUUCCUUGGAAUAUUCCGCCCUAAAUUCCCUUUUUUCCCUACUUAAUAUAUAUAAAUGGUUUCGUCUUAAAGUUCCUUUGCCCUUACUCCCUUCUCAUCCAACAACCCCUUCUAACACAAAUGCCCAUUCAGGGAAAACAAAAACAUUAAUGGCUACUUCUGGUACAAGAGUCAAACGAGUUACUGACCCGCUCGACGACAGAGUCAAGGCGCAACUCGUCGGCCUCCGCUACUCCAGCAGUGGAAGCGAACAAUCGGACUCCACCCAUGACGACUCUCCCUGCCUCUCGGAACUCGUUCAUAGUUUCUUGGAAGAUGAUCACGGUGCUGCUGAACAAACCGGUUACCGAUCCGACUCUGAACUAGUCGACUCCAACAUUGAUGCUGCUGACUCCCUCCAGAUCAUUAUCAAGUCAUCCUUUCUUAACAGCACGGGUUCUUACUUAAAUCGGCUCACGGAUACCGUUUUGAAUGCAAUAGAAAUGCUUUCGUUUUUCAAGACGGAUAAAGCUAUUUUCAGGCGUAAAGUAAUGGCUUAUCUUCGCCAGGUCGGCUACAAUGCAGCGAUCUGCAAGACCAAGUGGGGUUCUUCUGGUGGUCUAACCGCCGGAAACUACGAGUUCAUCGACGUGGUGCAAUCGAUAUCACCCACGCGGCAAACCAGGUACUUCGUUGACCUUGAUUUUGCCUCCGAGUUCGAGAUCGCGAGGCCGACGAGCGACUACUCGAGGCUAUUGCAGUAUUUGCCUAGGGUUUUCGUGGGGAAAAGCGAGGAAUUGAAAAAGAUGGUCAAUGUCAUGAGUGAUUCGGCGAAAAGAUCGUUGAAGAGCAAACAGUUAUCCCUCCCACCUUGGAGAAAACACCGUUACAUGCAGAACAAAUGGUUCGGUCCGUACCGUCGGACAACGAACCAGAUCCAAGCAAACAACAGCUCACUGAGCCCCGCGACGAUCAACAACGUCCAAUGCCGCUACGUUGGCUUCGAGGACGCCGUCAACGGCAGUGUGUUCGUCCGUACGAGAUAAUUUGGUCAGAGGAGAAAACCGUGUUUCCAAAAAAAUCAUAUGUAAAUAAACAAAAUGUAUAUUUUAUUACUAAAUAAUAGUGUAACGCGGCAAAUAUGCAUCAGAAUUAGCCAAUCUGAUCACGUGAUAGUCUGUAACCUGAAAAUAAAUAAUGGAAGAUAAAAAGAAGAAUCUGAGCGCC